AUGGAUCCUCCACCCUACCAAACUAUCGCUCCAAAGCCACCCGGCUUGUCAGGUAUCCCGGGGAAGGCGCUUCUACCGGCGGCUCCUGUCCCCAUCCGAGCAUCGGAAUCACAACCCGUAGCUCGACAGAAGCGUUUGCGUGUUGCCCUAUUAAACCCGUCAGAAGAGAAGUGGAAAGAAGUGAAACCAAUCCUCGAUAGGCUCUAUGAUGAGGAAGGCCUUUCAUUAAGGGUAGUGACGGAUAUCAUGUGGCGUUUGUAUCACUUCAAGGCACCGAACAUGAAAUAUAAGACGGGCGGGACAAGCUUCGAAGCCCGAGGCAUCCGGAAGAAUAAGGCUGGACCAAAAUCUGGUCGACGGACGAGGCCUCAACGAAUACCAAAACCACCCCCCGCAGCGAUAUCCCAAGCCAUAGUACGCGUAGGCGAUUUCACAUUCAGGCCUGAUAUGGAAUGCCUUACGCAAUAUCCCCACCAGGAGAAGGUCCUUUUCAGCCUAGAUUGCUAUAUCUACAACCUUUUCGAUGCGGGACGCAAAGACGGUUGGACCGCGGACCUUCUCAGCUUCAUUAGACGCAACGGUUCGAGCGAGAACACUCUGGCAUCAUGGCAAGAGAUAUCAGACCAGACAUAUGGAGCAUCCUUGCAGAUCGGAUUUGGCCACGCCGAACAAGGGGAAGCCACUCUCGAAAAGCUGUUCAGCAAGCUUCGCGAGGUAGCGGGGCAAGAAGAUCCGUCGAUAUUUGUCAAAUUCUGGCGCAUCUGCCUCGGGAUUUCCGGCAUCGAUGGACGCUGUGGUCAUCGCGUUAAUGCCAGGGCUCGCCUGUUGGAAUGUCUAAAGGAGAUCUUUGCGAAGCACGAUAGAAAUGGGCAUCCGCUAGCAACAAUGCUAUCGUCAUUAAGCGAGGUAUCGCCUCCGGACUUCAAGGAUACUCUCCGAAUUGGUUUUGACAAAACGCUGAGAACAAUAACAAGAUUAGUUGGUGACGAGAAUGCUAUGAUCCUUCACAUGUGGUCGCACUUCUUCAGGUAUUGGGAUAGCCAGUAUCUUGUCAAGGAAACGCUUUUGCUCAAGUUCCAAUGGGUGUGGGACAGGGUUCACGAAGAAGAGGGCAUAACAUUGCACUCCGAAGAGGCGAUUUCCGUCCACUACUACUACACCUACGCGGCAUACUAUCUUUGCAAGCCAAGAAUACUGGGGGAAAAGAUGGUUGUCGAGCUGUUCGAUCGAACCGAAAAGUUCUUCUGCGCGGUAGAUGAGCCGAGGUGGUCGCUGACAGCCCUGGCAUUCGCCUUUUCCGCCAGAAUCACGGCCGUGAUUCACCGCGAUGAGGGCAAGGAGGAUUUGUGCCGGCAUGUUAUGAAUGUCGCUAUCGAGAAAUUAGAACGGGGGGACAGGGAAUGCGCCACGAGGGCCGCAAUGCUCUCCAGAGUGCUCGCGAAGUGGCUCAAGCAAUGGGGGUACCGGGAGGAGUCGCAAACAGAGUAUCUGCGAGCAGCACGAAUCGACAUUGGUAUUGGGGGAUGGGAAUAA